AUGUCAACUCCCUGCCGUCGCCGUUUGAUGCGAGAUUUCCGAUGCAUUCAGCAAGACCCGCCGCCAGGAGUUGCGGGAUCGCCGCUUUCGGACAACAUCAUGCUUUGGCAGGCCGUAAUAUUCGGCCCCGAGGAUACCCCAUUUGAGGAUGGAACGUUUCGCCUGGUCCUCCGGUUCGACGAAAGCUAUCCCAACAAGCCGCCAUCGGUAAAAUUUAUCUCCAAGAUGUUCCAUCCAAAUGUUUAUCCCGAUGGCCAGCUAUGCCUGGACAUUCUUCAGAAUCGCUGGAGCCCCAGCUAUGAUGUUUCCUCAAUACUGACAAGUAUCCAGUCGCUUUUGCACGAUCCAAAUCCAAACAGCCCUGCUAACGCACACGCGGCCCAACUUUACAUGGAAAACCGCCAAGAAUACGUGAAGCGCGUUAAAGAAACCGUCGAACAAUCCUGGUUUGAUGCAGAUGAUGAGUGCCAAAUGUUGCCCGAUCCGUCUAACGGAGCCAGUGUUGCGCUCGAGCCUCCAAACGAAAGCCCGCAAAAUUCUGAACAACCCGCUGAACAUAACUAA